AUGGACCAUCGAAAACUGCUUUGCUUGUUACUUGGCCUCAUCACGCUUCCAGCGAUUGCAUCUGCAGCGAACACCCUUGUCGACGCCCUAGGAGAUGCCAAUAGCACGGUUUUUGGGGCAGCCCUAAACCUCACAAGCACCUACGCGGGCCUGCUUGUCAACGGCAAGUUCAAGGGCACCAUUCUCGCCCCCACAGACGAUGCCUUCGCUGUCUACAUCACGAGUCUGGGCAUCUCUCCGACAUCUCUCAUGGCCCAGACAGUUCUCAUCCAGCAAGUCCUCGACUUGCACUUCAUCCCGGACGUCAACGUAUCUUUGGCGACCGUUCAAGACGGGGCCAAAUUCACCACGAAGAACGGUGAGAACACGAUAAAAGUCCAGAAGUUCAGCAACGGCACCGUUACUUUCGUGUCAGCCAACAGUACGGCAACCGCUCUGUACGAAUACAACAUCGGCGGUGUCGACAGCGGACGUGCGUGCAUACUGCAUACAAAAGAUUUUAGCUCGUAG